AGUAGGCUUUGACCUCGGUUGUUCCUGGCCCAUUUCUACGGAGUUUGAGGGAUGAGCAGGCUCCAUCUAUCUCCGAAAUGGCCGUCGUUCAUUUUUCUCAUUUCAUUAUGAUUUCGAUUGCACAGUCAGCCGUCUGUCCGGGUCUUUUGUGGCGCGCGAGUGUUGCCGGGAUAGCACUUUCUUGCGUUCUUCAGUCAGUUGUUUCCCCCCUCCCCCCUGUUCUGUGCAUUUUCCCCUGAUCCCCGCUCCCCCCCACCUCCCCUUUGCCACUUGGGCAACAAAGCUCAUUGUUUCUACCCACUCUGCGCUUGCGCGUCGCCACGCGCAGCCUCUACUGCUGCGCCUGCGCGUUUCUGCGGAUGUUGGGUUUGGGGAGAAAAGGGACUGGCAGGCUGGCGGUGUCCCGGGGGAGCACUCUGUAACGGUCGAACGGCUUGUAUCUUUUUCAACCUUUUCCAUUUCUUCACCAUUCCUUCCCCUUUAUUUUAAGCUUUAUCACGUCCUCCAGAUAGGGUCCUUGUUCGGGGGCGCUGAAAACACACAAGCAAGGCUUUAGCUAGAUAAUAAGGCCCAUUAAUUCUUAGGAUUUGAUACUGGUCUUUUUACCCUUCGUUAAUAUAUGCUUAUUUUCCACCACUACUACCUCGGAGAAAGGAAAGAGGGGAGGAUGGUAGGACUUCUGGUGAGGUUAAUUUUUAAAAACGUUGCAGCAGCCUGAGAUAAUUUUCUAAUGUGUGCUAAAAGUGAACGUUCAUUUUGCGUGUGCUGGCUGAGCGUUUCUUGUAUCAAGGGGAUGGGGGGAAUGGCGAUUCACUGUAAUGGUUAAAGGCUGUGCAUAUUGGUCCUUGAGAACUCAAACUGAGCCUGGAGCUGCUGUAUAGACCAAACUGGCCUCCAAGUCACAGAAAUCCACCUGCCUCUGCUUCCUGAGAGCUGGAAGUAAAGGUUAAAAACGACAACGAGCACCAACCAUGAAAGAUCCAAGUCGCAGCAGUACUAGCCCAAGCAUCAUCAAUGACGAUGUGAUUAUUAACGGUCAUUCUCAUGAAGAGGAUAAUCCAUUUGCAGAGUACAUGUGGAUGGAAAAUGAAGAGGAAUUCAACAGACAAAUAGAAGAGGAGUUGUGGGAAGAAGAAUUUAUUGAACGCUGUUUCCAAGAAAUGCUGGAAGAGGAAGAAGAACAUGAAUGGUUUAUUCCAGCUCGAGAUCUCCCACAAACUAUGGACCAAAUCCAAGACCAGUUUAAUGACCUUGUUAUCAGUGAUGGCUCUUCUCUGGAAGAUCUUGUGGUCAAGAGCAAUCUGAAUCCCAAUGCAAAGGAGUUUGUUCCUGGGGUGAAGUACUGACAUGUCUGAGCAGCCGGCCGCUUUUGGUGGAUGUAGCACAGUUUCCACACUGGGAAGGCAGUGUUAGAAGACUCCAUUGUAAAAGCUCUCGUCACUGUGUUACACUUACGCAUUGCCAAAGUUUUUGUUAGUCUUGCAUGCUUAAUAAAAGUGCUGAGACUGUUACUAAGUAAGGAGCUGUCACACAAUUACUGAAAGUAGAAUUGGCCACGUGGCUUAAUGUAAAGACAGCAAUGGGAGAAGCACCAGUCAACUGUGACAAAGAACCAAAUUAAAUCACCUCCAAAUCUCAUUGAAUUGUCUGUCUUUGAGGCUAAACUGGUCCCUUAAGGGUUAGUUGACACGUUUUAAUGUCUACACUUUGUAUAAAUUUAAAUUAGGUUCUGAUUGUUAAACAGAUUUCUCAGUUGCAUUUGUCCAUCAAAAAUAACCUCUUCUGGAGAAAAUCUGUUAAAUUUUGAAGUAAGUAAUUUCACAAGAAUGUCUUUGAGGUUACAAGGUGAUGGUCAGAUAGGAGCUAGUCUGGCUUUUGCCUGGUGUAUUAUCAUGUUAGGAAUACUGAGUUCUCCCAGUGUUAAUCUUGAGGAAAUACAGUUUGAGGCUUGCAUCUUCUGAAGAUUGAUUGCAUCAUCGCCAUCAUGUGUGAAGUCUAACACAGGACCCACACCAGCCCAUAAUCCAACUGAAGCACUCAAAAGACGGUAGCAUGACUCUGGUGCUCUUCCUUGCUUUGUUAACCAUCAUGACUAUAGUCUGCAGCACAACUUUUCUUUUAACAAAGCUAGAACAGUUUUGGCUUCUUAAACUUCAUAUUUGAGUAGGUUAAGCUGCCAUACGUGUUCAGUGUGAAUAGUGUUUAAGUUGAAAAUAUUGUAAAAAAAUUAUAUUUUUUCAAAAA